AAACUGUGUCGUUUAUGUUAGGCUUAAACCCGAUCGCAAGUACUUGUAUGCAUAUAUUAAUCACGCUAUUUAUUGCUCUGGAGUCUGGUCUCAUUUACUAGCUAACUAAAGAUGAAGAUUAAAUGUUGCAUCGCCCUGUUUUCAACUUUUUUGCUCAUUUUCUUGUAUGCAGUAUCAUUUAUUCUAGCUCAAGAAGUUGAGAAUGAGGCAGAGUUUGAAUACAAGGAGCCAAGCAAGAAGGCACCGCAAUUCUGGGGAGAGUUGAAGAAAGAAUGGGGAGCAUGCAAAGCUGCAGGAGAUCACAAUCAGUCUCCAGUUGAUAUUUCUAAUGAAAAUGUUGAGGUUAUUGCAAAGGCAGGAGAUUUGAUCAGAAAUUACAAGCCUGCUGAUGCCGAGCUUAAGAAUAGAGGCCAUGAUAUAGCUAUAUAUUGGACAGGAGAUCCUGGAUCAAUUAAGAUAGAUGGAAGUGAUUAUCUUUUACAACAAUGUCAUUGGCAUUCACCUUCUGAGCACUCCAUCAACGGCCAGAGAUAUGAUAUGGAGCUGCAUAUGGUACACAAGGACAAGCAGGACAAGGUAGCUGUUGUUGGACAGCUGUACAAGAUCGGCAAACCAGAUGCCUUUCUGUCUAAGCUGAGCGAAGAAAUAGCGUUGCUGACAGACAAACGUGUGAACAAGGGACUGGGGAAGCUGGAUGCGAGGGAGAUAGAGAUGGCGGGGAGAAAUUACUACAGAUACAUGGGCUCACUGACUGUUCCUCCCUGCUCUGAAGGUGUAACUUGGAGACUAAAUCAAGAGGUCGGAACAGUUUCACAAGAUCAAGUGAAGCUACUACGCGAUGCAGUUCACGAUUAUGCAGAUGAAAACGCAAGGCCAGUGCAACCACUUAACCGUCGGAAGAUACAGCUCUACCGCCAGGAUGCCAAUUAAGUGAGACGCAUGCAUGCCAGCUCUACUUAAAUAAAUUAUUCUUACCGUAAGAUGUAACUGUACUUGUUAUAGCUGCUGCUAAUAAAACGCAAUGAGAUGACCUUGUAAUUCUACAUAUUUAUCCUGUAAAACUUGGGAUUCCUGUCCUCUGAGAACAAGCAAUAAAACAUCUUUAUAAA